AUGACGUCAUCGCCCAAACUGGUCUAUGGUAAAAAAUUCCGCCCUGAUAAAGCGAUGUCCGUCCCACAGCACGGGGUUGUUCCAGAUGAGACCAAACACGUGGUCCACCGCACAGCCCCUAGGAACCACCACCGGACGGAAACUUGUCCACUGCUUGGGCUUCUGCUUGCUCAACGACGCUGUCUCUCUGUGAGCUAUUUUCCCUCAAGGAAGGAGUGCGUCCUUUACUCCGCCCUUCCUGGCGCGGAUAUGAUCGAGGAGCGCGAAGGAUGGAAUCUGUAUGUUCCCAAGUCAGAACAGCCGCCAUGCAGCCAGGAUGUAUUAAUGACUACUGCAAGUAAGAAGACCACAACAACCCCAGCACCAGUGGUGGCAAUGGAAGAACCACUGGUGGCAAUGGAAGAACCACUGGUGGCAAUGGAAGAACCACUGGAAGCAGAAGAAGUGACGACCACAACAACCCCAGCACCAGUGGUUGCAAUGGAAGAACCACUGGAGGCAGACGAAGUAACGACCACAACAACCCCAGCACCAGUGGUGGCAAUGGAAGAACCACUGCUGACAAAAAGCAUUUGA